UCGGAAGCCUCUUUUAUUUUAAACUGUUUUUCCAACUUAUCCCAUCUUAUCCCAUAAAGACAUGAUGGGGAAUUUAUUUUUAUGGGUCAUGUCCACAUCAUGAUAUGGAUUCCCUUUCACGCUUUCCAUUUCUAUUUAACCCUAAUGGGUUUCCAAUGUUAUUCACUUUUUUUUUUUAACGUAGUUUAAUCUGUUAAUUGAUGCCCGAGUGAUGUUCAGAUGUUCAACUCCAGCCUCCCAGUUAGCCUUUGUAUCGACCAGUUUUUAGUGUUUUCUUAAAUAAUUCGUAGUUUGUUUGGAUUGUAACUCCUACUUGUUAUUUUAUUGAGUUUUGCAGUGGUUAAUUAACCUAUUCUCUGUCUCCCUUAUCAUUUGGGUCUAUGCGAGCUGUGUUUUGUUUUUGGAUUAUAAUUGUUGUCUGACGCGUUGUCAGCGAUCGGAUAAUGGGCGACAAAUUUUUUUGUCGGUAGGAAGGAGGAAGGAAGAAGAAGCGAUUGAAGUAUCUUAGAGUUUGAGUGUAGAGGUUACAAUUGCUUGUUGUCUGUGUGAGCUUGUGAUUCUAUUUUUUUUCCCGCUAAUUGGAGCAGUUGAAGACGAGAAGGGCAGGGUGCUGAUGGCUGAAGUGGUUGGGCCUCGAUUAUACAGCUGUUACAAUUGCCGGAACAAUGUCGCCCUUCAUGAUGAUAUCAUUUCGAAAGCUUUUCAGGGGAGACAUGGGCGUGCAUUUCUGUUUUCUCACACAAUGAACAUAGUUGUGGGGCCGAAGGAGGAUAGGCAGCUAAUGACAGGAUUGCAUACGGUUGCUGAUAUCUACUGCUGUGAUUGUCAUGAAGUGUUGGGUUGGAAGUAUGAAAGAGCAUACGAGGAGACGCAGAAGUACAAAGAAGGGAAGUUUAUACUUGAGAAGUCAAAGAUUGUGAAGGAGAACUGGUAGCUCCCACCUGUGGGCACUGUGGGCGUUGUGUUGGUAAAAUUUCUUAAUAAGAUUGAAUUAAAGUGGUCCAGCCCUAGCGAAUUCGAACUUUCGUCGUAAAUCCAAAUGACAUCUCGUAUAACAUGAAGUAGCAAUCCUGAGUGCUAUAACUCAAUAGCUGAGGGAGGUAUCAUUGCUGAUUAACCUUCAUUUCUCCACACUUAUAUUUUCGACGGUAUGCUACAUGACAGGAACACCUUACAUCCCAUAGAGAGCAACCCCUGAAGCUACCUGGGUUUGAUCCCUAAUCAUAACCUUAGUAGUUGUACUUUACUGGAUUAGGCAGACAUGCCAGGUAUCGAAUGACAUUUGAUUUCAAUGAAUUUUUCCAGGUACAGAGAUACAGCUUGCUUGACUGCUACUUUUGCUAAAUGAUGUAAUGAUACUGGUGGCUGGCAGUUGGGAGAUGAAUCAAGUCAUUUGUGGAAGUUUUGUCAGGUUAUCCAGUUCUUAUGAGGUUAUCAUUACUAUACGGGGGUGCCUUUUGGUAUAUUCAAUUGCUGCAAUGCUCUAAUUAUUUUUUUAUCAAUUCCAGCAUUUCAGCCCCAAGUUCUUUUCUCCUCCAUAAAGCAAGAGAUAUCAGAAAUCAAAGCAUAUCCAAUAAUGGUCGAAAUGGCCAGAUUGAUUGUCUAGUUGAUGUUUCACACACUCGAGAGCUAUCGAACAGAGAUAUAUACCAAGGAAAGCUAUAAAUCACACCUUGGAUAUUUUUUGGGAGGACCCUCCCCAUCUAAAACGAUUGAUUGCUGGUAUCCUGAAAAUCUUAAAAUUGCACUGUAAUUUU